AUGGAAGUCGGAGAAGGAGUCGGUGACGAUGGGUUAGAAGGGGUCCGGGUGGCGGAAGUGAAGUGGCCUAAUCGGCCCGAGGUGCGGAGGCGACAGAUGGAGGCUGGUUGGGCAACUCACAUCAUGUCCAAAGGUUUGGAGAGUUCGGGGAUGCGGCGCAAGGAGGACAGAAGUCAACUCACAAGUCAGCUGCAAGCAGAAGGGUCAAAUGAUGACACAUGGGAGACCACACAAGUGACUCUCAUAGUGCCCGAAGGAACAGAGUGUGAUAAAGUUCCCAGCGGUGCGGCAGUACAAGGUGUGGUACUGCUGUGGCAUGGUGCGAACUCAUCACGGAAGGAAAUGGUGAAGUUGAGACGAGGUCCUCAGGGUGCUGGAGCACAGGCCGAGGGUAGACUCGCUCAGGGUGUUCAGUAUGAAAACUCGGCUAAGUGGCAACGGCGUGACCAGGAGAACGGGGACGAAGGACUCGGGAUCCCAUUCGGCGAUGGCACAGGGAGGAAGGAGUCCUAUGGCCAUUUGGGGAAUCGGAGUCAACUGGGGGAGCCAAACAGGCUCGGAGCGGGGUACCUAGGCGCGGGUGGAGGAGGACAACUCGUCCUCAACUGGGUUAUGAGGACCCGGCCAGCUCCUCCUGAUCUAUUUCUAGCUCCUCAUGCUCCAUCAGCAGCUGCAGCCAGCCCACCAACUGUGGCUGCCGCUCCACCAGCUGUGGCUGGUGUUGUACCUGCUGCAGCAGCUGCUGCAGCAGCCCCUGCUGCUGCUGCUGCAGCAGCCCCUGCAGCCACUCCUGCAGCUGCCACCACUCCUCCUGCCACCACCCCUCCUGCCACCACCCCUCCUGCCACUGCUGCUGCUGCCACCGCUCCUCCUGCUGCAGCUGCAGCUGCUGCUGCUGCUGCUGCUGCCGCUGCCACCGCCGCUGCCACUGCUGGAUGUCACUAA